GGUAUUCUCCUCAUCCUGACCCCCAAAGUCACCUGCGGAGAGCAAAGCUGUUUGUCUGCCGCACUUGAGCAAGUCCCGUCUCACACACAGCUCCCGAGGGUCAAGACCUUCCACCAUAGAGAGAACGAGACGCAGAGACGCACACGCAUCAUCCGCCUGGCCCGUCUCCACCUCCACCACCUCCACCCGCCCACUCCAGUUUCCAGUGUCCCAUCUCUGAUCCGGUCGCUCCUUCCUCGUCUGCUCACCUUCUUUCUCCACCCGGCCACCGACCGCCGACCCCCAUCAUCCUCCAACUCACUUAUCUUUCCCACUCCCCGUCCCUUCACCCUCUCAACCAUCUUUCGCCAUCUACCCGGACAGCUUGCUUUGUCCGUUUUUCUUUUCCUCCCUCUCACCAACUCCGCCCUUACAAUCAACCAUCUACAACAAUCAACAAAUACCCUGUAUCCGUCUGGUAUUCCUUGAACCCCCGACGUAAGGAGGAAGACGCACCUUCUACCCCGACCGAGCGAGCCUCGUGCACCGUGCUACUUGGCCGCCUAUCAGUGAAACAUCCGCCAGAGCCGUCAUCCCUUCCCCGCCUGGCCGACCGCGAGUUUCCUCUUCAUCCAUACCCGGAGUCUACUUUUCAUCAUUCAAAAUGGCGUCCUCAUCAGCAACAACGCCAGACACUCAGGUCACUCUGAAGAUCAACUUCGACGGCAUGACUCGCCGCCACAAGCUCCCACUGCGCGACAUGGGACCCAGCACUCUUGAAGAUAAGGUGAGAGCUCUUUUGGGCGUUACCUCUGAUGCCAACGUUACUCUCGAGAGGUAUUCCGAUUCGGCUGGUUCGUACAUCACACUCGAUAAGCAGAAUGUCUCAGUCUACAAGCAGCUUUACAGAGCUGCCAAGGCCAAGCAAAAACUCAAGCUUCGUGUCACCAAGUUGUCCGAGGAGAAGAUGUCUCCCAGACCAGUAUCAGUGGAGGAUGUGCCCGAGUCCAGCACUCCUCUCGCUGAGAAGGAGGCCGAGGAGCAGAAGCCGGAGGAUGCCGCGACGCAACCCCUCGUUGAUCUGAGGCAAUCUAGCGUCAUUGACAACGAGACCAAGAAGGAACUGCCCACGAGCGACACCGGACUUGACUUCGAGGCCUCCAUCCUUGCAUCACUGCUGAGAAGACAUGCCAAGAUCAACGACGAGGAGGUGCCUGCCGCUUCUGCGGACAUUCCCGUUUCUGAGGGUAUCACGGCCCGAGACCAGUGGUUCGCUAAUGCUGCCGCCGCCGAGACUCCGUCACGAGCUUCUUGGGGCCGCUGCCCCGCAUUGAUGCACCCCAACACCAACUUUGCCGUGUGCUGCAACAGCUGCGACCAAACAGUUCCCGAAGCUCAUUACCACUGCUCCACAUGCGACGAUGGUGAUUUCGAUCUUUGCCAAAACUGCGUUGACCAGGGUAUCACUUGCUACGGCGCUGACCACUGGCUCAUCAAGAGGAUUGUCAAGAAUGGCCAAAUCAUCAACAGCACUACGGAGACGAUUGCACCAAAGCCCAAGGCCAAGGUCGAGGAGUCGGUUCCAGAGCCUCCCAGGGCGCCCGCCAACAUCAGUGAGCUCCUUCGUCCAGUUUUCAACACUGCGCUGUACAGCAUGCGCACCUGCAACUGCUGCGUGACGGAACUUCCAGAGUCCAGCUUCCUCCACUGCGCAGCUUGCGAGGAUUUCGACUUGUGCCACGCAUGCUUCGAGAAGGACUCUCAUGGUCACAACCCCAAACACUCCUUCGUCCCCGCCGUUGAGGGUGUUCACGUCCCCAGCCACAUUCAGAUCAAGCUGGCUCCUGGCCGCAACCAGAGCCACAAUGCCAUCUGCGACGGCUGCGACAAGUACAUUGCUGGUGUCCGCCACAAGUGCCUCGAUUGCCCCGACUGGGACUACUGCGCUGACUGCAUCGUGAACUCCAAGUUUGUUCACCCCAACCACCGCUUCGUUCCCAUCUACGAGCCUCUCGAGGAGGUCCGCAGCCGUGCCAUCAGCCGCUCUGUGCACUUUGGUAUCUGCUGCGAUGGGCCCCUGUGCGCCCGCACUUACAACGCACCCUCCUACAUCUCGGGCGUUCGAUACAAGUGCACUGUUUGCCACGACACUGAUUUCUGUGCCAACUGUGAGGCUAGCCCUGCUAACACCCACAACAAGACCCAUCCCCUCGUCAAGUUCAAGACGCCAGUCCGUCACGUCACUGUUACCACUACUGGCGAGCGUGGAGAUGGACAGCGUAUGCAGCAGAUGGGCGACCGCAGUCUUCGCCGCACUAGCUCUCGCUCUACUGAGACUACCGCAAACGCUUCCAUUAACGUUCCACAGACCGUUGUGGAUGUGAAGCCCACAGAGCCGGCUGUCAAGGAAGAGGUUGUCGAGAAGACCCCUGAGCCCGAGGCUAAGCCGAUCAUCAAGGAGGAGGUUGUUGAGGAGACCCCCAAGGUAGAAGCCAAGGAGGAGGUGGUCGAGGAGAAGACCGUGCCGAUUGUUGAGAAGCCCCUUUCCGAGCAGGAUCUUCAGGCUGUCUUUGUCCGCGAUACGGUCGCCGAUGGCACUCUUCUGCCGCCCAACCACGUCUUUGAGCAGACAUGGGUCCUCCGCAACGACGGUGAUGUUGCAUGGCCUGCGGGAUGUUCAGUCAAGUUUGUUGGUGGCGACUACAUGGGCCACGUUGACUCGAACCACCCGGCCGGUAUCUCUGAGCUCGUUUCUGCCUCAGAGUCGACUGUCUGCUAUGCACCGCUCGCCCCUGGCCAGGAGUUCUCUUUCAACGUGCUCCUCCGCACACCUGCGCGCGAGGGCAAGAUAAUUUCUUACUGGCGCCUGACGACCAAGGAUGGUUUGAAGUUUGGCCACAGACUCUGGUGCGAUGUCAGCGUCCAGACGACUCAGCCAGCUCCUGAGGAGCCUAAGCAAGAGUCCAAGGAGAUCCCCACUGAGAUGCAGAGCAGCACCAUGAUUUUCCCCAAGCUCGAGAAGGAAUCCCCUGUCUCUAGCAUCCACCAGGAGGUGAAGUCUGAGUCUGCUCGCGCGACCAGUUCAGAGGCCGAGGAGUAUGAAGACUGCGGCGAAGAAGAGGACUGGGAUGCUUCUGAUGACGGCUUCAUGACUGACGAGGAGUACGACAUCCUGGAUGCCUCUGACGAGGAGUUCCUCGAGGAGCAGCAGCGGAGACUCAGAAAGUAAAGUACUUGAGAUCUUUCUAGUUUCGCUUUACCACUGGAAUCGGAGUGAUCGGUGGUGUAUUUGGGGGUAUGGGUUUCCUUGCAUGUCUCAUUUCAUCAGGCCUGGGGUUAUUUGAUUUCAUUUGGAACCUGGUUUUAAGAGAGUGAACCGGUAGCUGGAGGUGGCAUAAGCAAAGCCGGCAAGCCUUCUCAAUAGCGGAAAACGCGAGCUACCGGUGAUCCGUCUUUCAGGUUAGGUCGAGGGCGACGCUCGUUUCAUGAUUCUUCAUGACAGAUUACAGAUUGGUACUUGUAGGUUUUAGGAAGCAAUGAACCGUAGCUUUAACAGCGUUUUCG